CCUCUGUCUCUCUCUCACACACACACACACCAGAUAAACAGCAACAAUGCAAACUGCCCCAAUUUUCGCACUCCGUGCGCCACCACCAACACCACCACAAUCCUUUUGCUUCUCUCACUCCUCCGUGAAAACCCAUCAGCCAAACUCGCUCUUCUCCACCCCCAAUACCACCAACACGCCCUAUUUGCUAUCAACUCCAAGACCACUAUCACUACCAAGAAAGUUGCUUUGCAGACCCCGUUCAGCCAAGUAUGUCAGAGAAGACUAUCUUGUGAAAAAGUUAUCUGCAAAGGAGGUCCAAGAGCUAGUAAAGGGUGAGAGAAAUGUUCCACUUAUAAUCGAUUUCUACGCAACAUGGUGUGGCCCUUGUAUUUUGAUGGCUCAAGAACUCGAGAUGCUUGCCGUAGAGUAUGAGAGCAAUGCAAUAAUUGUGAAAGUCGACACAGAUGACGAAUACGAAUUUGCACGUGACAUGCAGGUUCGGGGACUGCCAACAUUGUAUUUCAUCAGUCCAGAUCCAAAUAAAGAUGCUAUCCGAACUGAAGGGCUCAUCCCAAUACAAAUGAUGCGGGAUAUCAUCGAUAAUGAGAUGUGAAGACACUGAAACUUUGCUCUGCUUGAUGAAAGGAGGUGACGGCACCGGUUCUAGCUGUAUAUUGAUUGUCUAAGCCCUUCCCAGAAACAAAUUGAGUUUUGUAGCACCGAUGUGUAAUUUGGAAACCCUUUUAUCUGAGUUAUUGCCUUGUAGUAAACAAUGUUGUACUCCAUAUGAUGUGAAUAAUUGAAUUGUUAGGGAUGUCUGGUUGAGAAUUUUUAUGCCCUAGUUAAGGAUUUAUCAGCCAGACACGGCUGCCUCUUCGUUUUGGUUGAACAGACAGCAGGAAUGCCGGAGAAAGUGAGCUUGAAAUUUUGUGAAGCACUAUGGUGAUUUUUUUUAGUACUAAUUAAAUUAGCAUUUGAGUUGUU